UGGCGGGCUUUGUGUUUGUAUGGAUUGUUGUAAUAGUGUGUUAAGUGGGAUUGUUUGUUUAUGGAGUGUACAGAAGUUUGAUAGCGAUGUCCAGUGAUACACGAAGAGAUUUGCUUCUCGGUAUAGAUAGUAUGAUUACCAAAUUACUCACUGCUAUUCGAUUUGAACGCAGGAUAUAUGAUAAUUCUUUUCAUGAAGUUGGAAGUUCACCUGAGAUUUCCGACGUAAAUAGCAAAGAAAAAAGAUCUCCAUCAACGACAUUUUGUAAAGCUACACAAACUGUACAAACAUUUCCAGUAUCUUCCGAUAUAUGUGAUCCACCAAAUAAUUUGAGGUUAAACAAAGACUUUGUCUCAAAGUAUGCAUCAUCCGGUUUUACUUCAUCUGGACAUCGAUCAUGUGGCUCAUCGAUAGCGCAUCGUUAUGAGGAAGAUAUCAACAAUCACUUUACAAUAGUGUGUCCCUCACAUCCGAGCUUAUCAUGCUCAUGCAGUUGUAAACUAUAUCAUAAUAAGUAUUGUUCCACUCCUAAAUGCAAUAAUAAUGAUCUUAGUCGAACCGGUUAUAUAACAACUCACUCUAACCAUAUUAUAUCAGCAGAUGUUAAAGAUUCUCGCAACGAACGUCGAACGUCUUCCACAAGUGGUUGUUCCACUGCUUGCUCUUGUCAAAGACAUACAUGUGGUUUCGCCACUCCAAAGUAUCCCUCUGAGUUGUUUCCUAAUAAAUCUGAUUGUUCUUGCUCUUGUCAUAUGCAUGUCUUAUCGAAACUCUCUUAAUGUUAUCUCAUAAAAUGCAUUUGUACAGAAAAACUAUGUAUUUUGUAAAUUUGUGCUAUUUUAUUUUUCCCUAACCUUGUUACCCCAUUUGCAAGUAAACUUGUUUUGUUGAA